CUGUUAGUCUAUUGAAUGGACCAUUGUGAGUAGAUUUCCGGCGGAAAACCAAUUAUACAGUAUAUUGUUACGUCCGAAGACGGUGGUUUGGUUCGGGACGCUGCUUUAACUGCCAAUCGCGGGGCCUGACGCUAUCUCUAUAAGUAGGCCGUAUAGAUAUACCUCUAGUAGGCCGUGAACUCAACAAUAAAAACAUGUAAUUUAAUAAAAACAGCAUAAAAAUAAAUGGCAUUAAAACAAACGCUAAACUGUUACACCACAUAAACAAUAACUAAAUCCGACAAUAAUAUACUCGAUACGGCUUUUACUCAACGAUUCGAGUAUAGUUUAAUUCUUUUAUUAAAUAUAGCGAUUUUUAGACAUUGUAAAUGGCGUUGGACAAAUAAGAUGUUUUCGGAGAAAAUUAUGGGAACCUAAAUAAAUUAUUGUAUUCAGGAAAUACAUGUUAUACAACGCUAAAUCACUGCGAUUAAACUGGAUUAAUAAUACUUAAAUGCUGUACUGCACAGAACUAAAAUAGCUACAUUGAACUUAGCGUUGCGGUGAACAAAGGAAAUGGAGAUAAUGGCGGUUCUGUCACGCAUGGUUAUAUUGGAAUGGAUUCCGCACUAAGAUGGAAACCCCACUGUAUCAACCGCAUCAAGACUGCGACUAUGUCCCUAGCUUAAUGCCGUGCGGUGAGCUGUGAGCACACGCUGGGGUCUGAAUCCUAAGUCCCUGAUGUGGCUUUAUACUGCCAAGUUGUACGACCAAUGCUCGCCCUACUGCGUGGUGUGGGUCAGAGCAAAGUUCAGCACUACCUUGCAGGAAAAACUCAGAAUGUGCCAGCGACUUGCAUGCCUCAAAGGUACUUCUUGUUUCAGGACAGCUCCUACAAGAGCAUUAGAGGCACUUCUCAACCUUAAUUCCUCCCCAGCAUCUUCAUCUACAAGGCAACGCGGUCUACAGAUCCCAUUGCCUGAAGAUGCUGAAAGAUGCAUCCUCUCGCUGCACUUCGAUCAAAGUCUUCAAACCGUAAUUGAAGAUCGGAGUACUUUUAAGCCACCAGACCCUAUGUACUGGUGAGAAACACUUUUUGCUGGAAACAAUUUUCCGGAAACAAAACAAUACGUUUUACAAAAAUUGUUUCUUACUUGGUUUUUGAUUUUUUUUCUUUUACCGUUACAUGGCAGCAUGGAGCUAUAAAUGAAAAAAUGAUAUAAAUU